GUCUGAAUGAACCGCUCGAAAUUUGCUUCGUCCGGGUUUCCUUCAAUUAUAUCGUCUUGUUGGAAUAAACACUUCGGAUUUACGGCUUCAUUUCGUGGUCUUUCUCUACAACCAAAAAUACCCUCUCCACUAUCCCUCAGGCAUCUGCUCAUCAUUUUGUGGCGCAACAAGCGACGUCCGUGCCAGCAGCGAAGGCCAAAGCAGCUCGCGACCAGGACCAACAACACUGCAAUCCGCUGGAGACUGUACUAUCCCCCUCCACCAUCAAACACAUAGACCACCUCCUCCCGAUCCUACUUCUCCUCCAAAGCUGUACUUGUGUUUUAAUCCCUCAAACCAUCCUCGUUCCCUCUUCAUUUCUUAGACAAGCGGAAAUCAUGGACGCCCCGAAUCAAAAUGACGAAUUCUACCCCAUCGCAGUGCUCAUGGACGAGCUCAAGCAUGAUGAUGUUCUCCUGCGGUUGAAUGCCAUUCAUCGCCUUUCGACGAUUGCCUUAGCUCUGGGACCGGAGCGGACACGCGAUGAGCUCAUACCCUUCCUAGACGAGUCUGUGGAGGAUGAGGAUGAGGUGUUGACAGCACUCAGUGAGGAGUUGGGCAACUUUGUGGAGUAUGUGGGAGGUCCUGAACACGGCCAUGUUCUGCUAUCACCAUUGGAGAAUCUGGCGGCGAUAGAAGAGCCACUGGUCAGAGAAAAGGCGGUCGAAUCCCUAAACAAAAUCUGCGACCAACUCACCACGCAGCAAGUCGAAGAACACUUCAUCCCUCUCGUCGUCCGCCUCUCAAAAGCCGACUGGUUCACAUCCAAGAUCUCCGCCGCCGGCCUCUACUACAACCCCUACCCUCGCGCCACCCCACCCUCCCAAGAACGCCUUCGACAGCAAUUCGGCCAGCUCGUCCACGAUGACACCCCCAUGGUCCGGAGACAGGCGGCCACCAAUAUGGCCAAGUUUGUCAAAACCAUGGCGGCGCCGGUAGUGAUCGAGGAAAUGAUCCCGUUAUUUCAGCAUUUGGCUGGGGAUGAUCAGGAUAGCGUGCGGUUGUUGACCGUCGAUAUCUUGAUAGGGAUUGCUGAGGCGGUGCCGAAGGACCAGCACAGCAGUCACGGGGUUCUGUUGACGGCAUUGAGGGAGUUGAUCUCGGAUAAGAGCUGGAGGGUGAGAUAUAUGGUGGCAGAUCGCUUUGAAAAGAUUGCCAAGGCUGUAGAGGACGAGGUUGUCAGCAGAGAUCUGGUUCCAGCGUUCGCCAAACUUCUCGGAGACACGGAGGCAGAAGUGCGGACUGCAAUUGCAGGACAGAUUCCUGGAUUCUGCACACUUGUGGACCGUGAAGUCCUGUUAAACGAGAUCAUGCCGAAGAUUGAGGAGCUCGUCAACGACCAGUCACAGCAUGUCCGCGCUUCUCUGGGAACUCAGUUGAGCGGGUUAGCACCAAUCCUUGGCAAGGAGGAAACCAUUUCACACCUCCUUCCAAUGUUCUUGAAUAUGCUCAAGGACGACUUCCCCGACGUCCGCCUCAACAUCAUCUCCAAGCUCGAACUCGUCAACAAUGUCAUCGGCAUUGAACUCCUCUCCCAAUCCCUCCUCCCCGCCAUCGUCCAACUCGCCGAAGACAAACAAUGGCGCGUCCGCCUCGCCAUCAUCGAAUACGUCCCCUUGCUUGCCAGCCAGCUCGGCGUCAACUUCUUCGACGAGAAGCUGUCAUCCCUCUGCAUGUCCUGGCUCGGCGACACCGUCUAUAGCAUCCGCGAAGCCAGCACCCAGAACCUCAAGAAGCUGACCGAAGUGUUCGGUGUCGACUGGGCGAGUGAGGCGAUCGUCCCCCGCGUCAUGGCGAUGGGCGAGCACCCGAACUACCUCUACCGCAUGACGACCUGUUUUGCCAUCUCCACCCUCGCGCCCGCGCUCUCCCUCCCCAUCAUCGAAACCCACAUCCUCUCCAUCCUCGAAAAGCUCGUCGCCGACGACAUCCCGAACAUCCGAUUCAAUGUGGCGAAGUCGUACGGGGUGCUGAUCGACAUCCUCAAGAAGCUGCCGUUCGACGCGGCGGCCCCGAACGCGUCGUUGCUGGGCAUCGAAAAGGAGAAAGGCGCCGACGCCGCCGCCGCGCUGCACGGGAGCCCCAAGGGCGAGGAGCUGAUCACCGAGAAUAUCAUGCCGAAUUUGGAGAAGCUGGGGCAGGAUGAUGAUGUGGAUGUGAGGUAUUUCGCGAUGACCGCGAGUCAUGUGUGGACGGGUGGGGACGCGAUGGAGAGCUGAGGGGUGUCGCGCAAAGAAAGAACGCAUGGUUCCGAGGGAUAAAGGAUGUCAGGGCAGGGAGGGCGGCGGUCUUGUGAAUGGAUUGUUCGACGUAGAGAGAGCCAAACGAGAGCACGCAAUCGAUGAGUAUUGGUCAAGUCAACACAGAAUUGAACGAGUGCCGGGUUCGAGUUUCGCUCUCUGGCCGUCACGAUGAUGGGAAGACAGGAGUUGGCGGCGACGGAAUUCCGUCGCGGAUGUUAAUUUCAUAUUCGGGUUGAAAGACUUGGUUCUUUUUCCUCCCUUCUUCCCCCUUUGUUUUCCAUUCCCUUAGUAUGAAAGUCGUUCUAGAGACGAGGACAUAAGUCUCCUGAUCAUACAGUGGUAGGGAACGAGACCCACUCAAUAAAGUCAUCA